AUGAACAACGUGACCGUCAAAGUGGGCACACUGUUUGAAUGUGAAUCCAUUCAAGAACAUUUGGAUUACACUGAAAAACAUUUUAUCUACGAUCCAAUAUGGCGGCAGACUGCUAUCGGCUGUACCAUCUUAUGUCUUCUAAGGGAUAUGUACAAAUUCAAAUUUGGCUUCCUUCUAAGUCGUAGCGACAAAAAAUUCUUCACCACAUUCUACAGCAAACCGUUUGCCAGGCCUGUGUGGAACUGCUUGUAUGCCAUGGCAUUCCUCACCAGCAUCAUCUUCUACAUGCUCAAACGAUGGGAGUUUAGCGUGGUGGGCGGAUGGCAUUGCAGCUUCGUAUACGAAUCCCUGGUCAUCAUUGGUGGAUAUUGCCAGCAUAUACCACCUAUAGACACGAGGUUACCAUCCAGAAGAAUUGCCUACUUCAUCUUCUUUGUGUUCACGUACAUCGUGUAUACCUUCUAUACUUCUAACCUGCUCUCAAAUCUGGUGAAUGAUAAAGACAAUGAAAUCAACUUGGAGACUCUUGUAGCCACUGAAUAUAUGCGUGUCAUUGUGGACUAUAUGAUGAGGAACAUCGUGGAACGUUCUCAUAUGUACGCCCAGAACUACGGAGCUAUAUUCGACAGGUUGAUGGCAAUGCGAGUGGUGACAGUCGUCAAAGGACUGGAGGAAGUGAAGACGGGGCGCGUGGCUUUACUCUCUGAUUAUACUACCAUAUAUCCGUAUAUGAAAAGGGUGUACGACAACGAUGAUAUUUGCAAGCUGGUGUCAGUCGACCUGUUUUCCGGAGUCAAAAAGUAUUUUCAUGCUUCAAAACAAUUUCAAUACAAGGAACAGUUUAAAAUUGGCACACUGCGUAUAAAAGAAUCAGGAAUACUACAACGGAUAGUUUCAACCGAAUUUGAAGAGCCUAAGUGUACGAAAAGCCAUCUAAUACAAAUAUCUAUGCAACAAAUAUCAAUACCUAUUACUAUAUUAGCGUGUAGUUACGUCAUAUCAUUAUUGAUACUUGUCGCUGAAAGGAUUCACUACAAGAGAUAUGGUGUAUGGCCUUAUGUGGAAUAA